ACGAGUCAGUGCUUCUCGAACCUCUGAGUGAACAGUUUCGCGCGUCACGGUUAUUUCCGAACAUCGCUGCAUCUCUGGCCAACCCAAACAACUUGUGUGGAUUAAAGGAAACGGUGUUGUUCAGUGUUUUGUUUUUACAGUGAGUGUUGUGAUCAUCGGCUAUAGUGAUUGGCUUUUUGUGGAUUAAGUGUUACGCUUUUUCUGGAUUAAGUACAGUGUAUUUUGGAAUAUCAUGAUUUGCUGACGGAAAAUGUAUCCUAGUGCUGGAAUGAAUGCAGCGGCGGCAGCAGCUGUGGCAGCAGCUCGUCAUCCGGUGAGUCCCGUUGAUUACAGGAACCUAAAUAAAGGAGGGCCACCGCAACCGGGUCAACCGUUCAAAUUUACUGUUGGUGAAUCGUGUGAUAGAAUAAAAGAAGAAUUCAGUUUUCUUCAGGCACAAUACCACAAUUUAAAAUUGGAAUGCGAGAAACUAGCAAGUGAGAAGAUAGAAAUCCAAAGGCAUUACGUUAUGUAUUACGAAAUGUCAUAUGGUCUCAACGUUGAAAUGCAUAAACAGACUGAAAUCGCCAAGAGACUGAACGCCAUCAUCGCCCAAAUUUUACCGUUCCUUUCGCAGGAACACCAACAGCAAGUCGCGACAGCUGUGGAGAGGGCGAAACAAGUAACUAUGACGGAGUUAAAUCAAAUUAUAGGGCAACAAAGGCCGGAUCUGCCCAGGUUACUCCAACAGAUGCACGCCCAGCAGUUACCCACACAUGCAGCACCACCUAUACCGAUGAUGCCUCAUCCAGGUUUAGGUGGAGCGCCGUCAAGUUCAGCUGCCAGCCUUUUGAGCCUCUCAGGAGCCCUUCCAGCGCAACACCCUCUCUCCAUGCUGGCAUCGAAGCCAGACCUUCACAGGCCGGAUGACGUCAAAUCGAAUAGCGGUAUCAACUCCGCCGAAGAGAGACACAGAAAUUCAAUAUCACCGGCUGAAAAAUACAGACCAAGAACACCUCAGGAACCAGAGCUGAAAAAGACUAAAAAAGAGGAAAAAGACCUCGGUCACCAUAGUGACGGUGAAAAAAGCGACCAAGACUUAGUGGUGGACGAUGCGUCCGAAGACCCCGUCUCUCCACCAAACGGUACCACCUCUCCGAGAGAAAACGGCAUCGAUAAACUACCGAAGAAAGAACACCCAGGACCGCACAGUCCCAGAUCCGGCACAUCUAGUAAUGCCUCAACGCCAUCGACGAAGAAAAUGGAGGAGAAACCAACCACACCGAUUUCUAAAUCUGUAACACCUACUUCAGCAGCAGGAUCUUCAUCUGGAAGCGCAUCAGGGGGGCUGAAACCUAUCAAGCAACAGGGGCUGGGGCAGUAUCCUCCUUAUUUAGCAAUGUCAAAUGGUGCUGCUCCCCACGAUCUGCAAGCAGCAGGAAGCUACGCUGGUUUGCAUAAUAAUAUACCACCAGCUCUUAAUAGCUACCCAAGGCCACCACUACAAGUUGGAUAUGAUCCCCAUUCACAGAUGAGAGCCCCUGUUGUACCAGGACUUGGUGGAAUUCCUGGAGGAAAACCGGCAUAUUCCUUUCAUGUAAGUGCCGAUGGCCAAAUGCAACCGGUGCCCUUUCCACCAGACGCGCUAAGUGGUCCUGGAAUUCCAAGACACGCUCGUCAGAUAAAUACUCUCAGUCACGGGGAAGUCGUUUGUGCAGUGACAAUUUCCAAUCCCACCAAAUAUGUAUAUACUGGAGGCAAAGGAUGUGUCAAGGUUUGGGACAUCAGUCAACCUGGUUCAAAAAGUCCUGUUUCUCAAUUAGAUUGCCUGCAAAGGGACAACUAUAUCAGAUCAGUAAAACUAUUACCGGAUGGAAGAACUCUCAUUGUGGGCGGUGAAGCGAGUAAUCUAUCUAUUUGGGACUUAGCGAGUCCUACACCUCGGAUAAAGGCAGAACUGACAUCCAGCGCACCCGCCUGCUACGCUUUAGCCAUAAGUCCAGACUCCAAAGUUUGUUUCAGUUGUUGCUCAGACGGACACAUUGCCGUUUGGGAUCUUCACAACCAGACCUUAGUAAGACAGUUCCAGGGCCACACCGACGGCGCUUCUUGUAUAGAUAUCUCUUCUGAAGGAACUAAAUUGUGGACAGGCGGAUUGGACAACACCGUUAGAAGUUGGGACUUACGCGAAGGUAGACAAUUGCAACAACAUGACUUCAGCUCCCAGAUCUUUUCUCUUGGAUACUGCCCGAUGGGUGAAUGGCUUGCGGUGGGUAUGGAAAAUUCUAAUGUGGAAGUACUCCAUGCUAACAAACCCGAUAAGUACCAAUUACACCUUCAUGAAAGCUGUGUGCUGAGUUUACGAUUUGCAGCGUGCGGCAAAUGGUUCGUUUCGACAGGAAAAGAUAAUCUUCUGAAUGCUUGGAGGACACCAUACGGGGCUAGUAUAUUCCAGUCAAAGGAAUCUUCGAGUGUUCUCAGCUGCGAUAUAUCAACAGACGACAAAUACAUCGUUACCGGAUCGGGAGAUAAGAAGGCGACGGUGUACGAAGUCAUAUACUAAUCCCAAAUUAGAAGAGAUGAAGACGGACUCAAGUGUAGUUAUAAAAUUAAUACAAUUGUGAUAAUUAUGUGUAAUAAACCAUUACAGACGUAUCAGAAGAGAAAAAACAGUCACGUAAAAAAUGUUAGUGAUCUGAUGUGAGAUGACUAGGUUGUUAGGAAUGGUGAUCUCUCAUGACAAUUUAAAAUACACGUUUUUUAAUUAUUUAAUGUACAUAUUUAAUUGUUACAAAACUCACAUAAGUGACAACUACGUAAAUACUUAAUUUUUUUAAUUACUGAAAUUCUCAUUCUAUCUUUUCUAGAAUUGUACAUAUAUCAAUCAUGGUAAUUCUACAGAACGUUGUAAAUAUUUCAAAAUUAGUAGUUUUAUCAACUUGAAGCCUCAAAAAUAUGUAUUGUAAAUUCCCAACCAGAGCUACAUAGGAAAAGAUUUUUUCCACCUACCUCUACCGAAAGUAUACUUUUCCGAACCUGUUUGUAGGGAGCAAAGUUGUACUUUUCCUCCCUAGGGAGGAAAAUAUUUUUCCUCCCUAGGGAGGAAAAGUAAAAGUGACGUCAUGGUAUUUCAUUCAUGAAAUGUAACUUAUUGACGCCCUGUACAAUAUCUAUUUUUUAUUACGUAAGUUUCUAUACAUUUUAACGUUUAUUUAUAAAACACUCUGUAUUUUGCAUAAUGGUAAAAAACAGUAAAUUGUUAUUUUGAUUUAACAAUGUUUACAUUAUUUAUUUGACUUAUAUUUGACAGUUGACAGUUAUAUUGUACGUACUUGUUAAUUUUAGUUCUAAUAAAUUUUGUUGGUUAGUUACAUAAAUAAACUAAGUAAAAAUGAAAAAAUGACUUGUUAUUUGAGGAAGGUGGAAAAACCAUAUGUAUAACAUGGGAGUAAAGUGCCUUUUCCUCCCUUGAAUGAUUACUGCCCUCCGCUACGCGUCGGGCAGUAAACUUCAUUCUCGGGAGGAAAAGUAGCACUUUCCUCCCUUGUUAUACAAAUAGCUAUUUCCACCUACCUCUACCGAAAGUAUACUUUUCCGGACCUGAUUGUAGGGAGCAAAGUUAUACUUUUCCUCCCUAGGGAGGAAAAUAUUUUUCCUCCCUAGGGAGGAAAAGUAAAAGUGACGUCAUUUAUGAAAUAUAACUUAUUGACGCCCUGUACAAUAUCUAUUUUCUAUUACGUAAGUAUCUAUACAUUUUAACGUUUAUUUAUAAAACACCCAGUAUUUUGCAAAAUGGUAAAAAACAGUAAAUUGUUAUUUUGAUUUAACAAUGUUUACAUUAAUAAUUUGACUUAUAUUUGACAGUUGACAGUUAUAUUGUACCUACUUGCUAGUUUUAGUUUUAAUAAAUUUUGUUGGUUAGUUACAUAAAUAAAUUAAGUAAAAAUGAAAAAUGACUUGUUAUUAAUUUGAGGAAGGUGGAAAAACCAUAUGUAUAACAUGGGAGUAAAGUGCCUUUUCCUCCCUUGAAUGAUUACUGCCCUCCGCUACGCGUCGGGCAGUAAACUUCAUUCUCGGGAGGAAAAGUAGCACUUUCCUCCCUUGUUAUACAAAUAGCUAUUUUCUAUUCAUAUUUUAGUAAUAAAUUCAUAAUGGGAAUAUCUCAUAAAAAAUUUACACAUGUACACUAUUAGUGUAUAUACAGUGUAUAUACAGUGUAUAUACAGUGUGCUGGAAUAAGUGUUACCCCACCUUAUUAACUUAUAUUUUUAAAAUAAUCAUUGCAUAUUAUAGCAUCAAUAUUUCGAACUUUACGUGAUCCCUCUUCAGGUGACAGGCACAGAUUUUUUUUAAUUAAAAAGUACAUCAUGUGACACCUCAUUUAAAAGCUUUUGAAAUACUGAUUACAAAAAUGCAUAAUACAGUAUAGCCCGAAAUAAACAGUACUGAAACUGAAACAUAGAUUUCUCUUUCUGCACGCUGUCAUACCCAAAUUAACUUGUAUGGACCUGCCAAGUAAUUCUUAGCAAUUACUAAUAAUCAAUAAUUGUUAAGAAUUACUUGGCAGGUCUAUACAAGUUAAUUUGGGUAUGACAGCGUGCAGAAAGAAAAACCUAUGUUUCAGUUUCAGUACUGUUUAUUUCGGGCUAUACUGUACUUUAAUCUUUGUUUAGAGCAUAGAAUAUUUUUUUCGAAUCUUGAGAAAACUAAUAAGUAUUUUUGAAAAAUUUAAACACAUAAUGAAAGAUUACAUUAUUAUCGAGGGCUGAAAGUCCCUUAGAAUAAACAAAAAGUUUCUUUUGAAAGAUAUAUUUAAAAUUAAAAAUCAGACUAAAUUUUCUCUUUUUUUACCCCUGUGACUUAUUAAAAUUAUCAUUAUAGAAGUUCUCAGGGACUUUCGACCCUCGAUAAUACUGUAAUAUUUCAUUCUGCGUUUAAAUUUUUGAAAAAUACUUAUUAGUUUUCUCAGGAUUCGAAAAAAAAAGAAUACAUUUAAAAAUAAUUCGGCCGAAUUUUGCGCCUACGGUUUCAAAAAGGAUUAAAGUGUUAUACAUAUUUGUAAUCUGUAUUUCAAAAGCUUUUAAAUGAGGUGUCACAUUAUGUACCUUCCCAUUUAAAAAAAACAAAGUCAUGCUUGUCACCUGAAGAGGGAUCGCCUAAAGUUCGAAACAUUGAUGCUAUAAUAUACUAAGAUUAUUUUAAAAAUCGACCUGUUAGAGCGUUUUGCUUAUGUGCUUAAAAUAAAUAAGUUAAUAAGGGGGUAACACUUAUUCCAGCGCGCUAUACCAAGAAAGGUUACAACACUUAUAUUAUAAUAUCUUCAAAAUUAUUUUGAAAUAUAUCUUGGUUUUAUAUUUUUUCUUUCCAUACUAUCAAUUCUGGUUAUAUUUGACAUAAAAUGACUUUAAUGUAUGUGGAUCAAACAUAUAAGUAGUUGUAAUGGUGUAAUAAACUGAAAGUAUUGAACUGAAAGUCAUGGAUUCAAAUCAAAAGUCGUUAAUGUACUUUGUGGAAAAGUAAAUUAAAACAAUUUAAAUUGGACAUUCAAGAAGAAUAAAGAAAAUAUAUAAUGGGACCUACUAAACAGGUUCAAAGACAAAAAUACAGAUCAAGAACUAAAAUAAAACCAGAAAAGAUAUAACUUCGAUAAAUGAUCUUGUCGUCGAAGAAAGAAAAUGGUCAAAUACACAUCCAAACUUUUACGGAAUCAUCUAAGAUUUCUUAGUGUCUCAAACGAGUUUUUAAAAACCAACAUAAGAAGUGAAACAAUAUUUAUUUUAAAACAAUUAAUCAUCAAUACAUACAAAUUGAAGAAAACAAUAAAGUCUUCCAAUAAAAUAUUGAAACUAUUCAAGUCAAUAGCAUAAAAAAUUCAAUGCAAAACAAAUAAUGUUUAAAUUGCUUUUAUUGAUUUAUCGUUAUUUUAGUAGUCAGUGUUACCAACCCUAACCCUUAUGCCAACUUCAAUUUGCGUGUGCACGCUUAUCAUAGUAAUCAAAUUGUCAACAUUUUCUUUUGGUAGGUUGUUCCAAUCUUCUAAGCCAGUUUGUACUAGCCGCACGGUGUUUUGUGGUUUAUCCCAGCUAGCUAUAAUUUUUCUUUUAAGGAUACCUCACUGUCUUUUAAGGAUUUUAAGGAUACUUCAGAACAGUGAUAUCUUCUGCUUCAAGGAAGUAUGUACUCACUCUGCUGUUAUGUGGAGGUACAUUACGUUGUAUGAACGUUAAAUUUUCUUCCAUUGCGUCUCUCCAGUGCCUCACUUCAGGCUCUAGAGCCAAAUCACUGUAAUUGCUAGCUGUUAAAGUUGGUUGGAUGAAAAUUAAAGAUUUUUUUUACCUAUCAUAAUGCCUCUCCAGAACAUGACCAUGACACUUCCUCCUUUAUAUCCUUGAACCGAUCUAGCAGUUUCCGUUCUUGCUCUUCCUCGCCCUCUAAAUACACAAAUUCGUCGACCAUCUAAUUUUACACAAAUCUUGGUUUCGUCUGAAAAUAGCACAUUCGGUAAAUUCCCAAUGUUCCAGUUUUGGUGUUGAGGACACUAAUUUAGGCAAUCAGUCUUGUGCUGCCUGGAUAACUCUGAACCCGUAACUUCUCCUGCCAUAUAGUCGUUAGGCAUGAACAUCUUCUGUUCCUAUCGUUUCAACUGAAAUACUUAAAAAGCUGAAGUUGAGAAACUGUUGGAUCUCUUCUAGCUGCUUGGACAAUGAAACGAUCCUGGCGAGCCGUUGAUACUUUUUGUCGACUAUGUCUUGUCCUAUUUUUAAGCUCUCCUACUUUCUGAUACCUAGUAUAGACAUAGAUGCAUGUAUAGGGGGACACUGCUGUAUCCCUCUUCCUUGCUCCACAAGACCAAUAGUUUGGUUCCCUUUCCCAUUUGCACGUCCGGUAACACCACAUAAGGCAUAUUUUCGUUUUUGAAGGCAAAAGUUAUUUUAAUUAUUUUCAUUCAGUUUACAACUAAAGCAAAUAAUCUAUAACGUACGGAGUUGUGCUAUCUGAUUGUUUUAUCGGUUUGUUUGUUUUCAAUAAAAACCUUUAUUCUUCGCAACAAUAACAAGUUUUUCAAAGAAAUAAAUAUUAGGUUGAAAUACGGCCGCAUAUGAAAUGCCUCCCGAAAAAGGGUUUCUUACCUGUCGCUAAAAUGGUCACAUACGAAUUGCCUCCCUAGCUUUAAAUAAAUUAUAUGCUUCUAAUCUUUAUGUGAAGGUGAGACGUUGCCACAUCUUCGUCCCUUUGUAAAUUUUUGGCAAAAUUGGUAUUUUGUUAUUUAAUUUAUUUUAUUUUCAACCUUUAUGUAUUAAACAUUAUUGACACUAGCCAGUACUUAUACAACCAACUUAUACAUAUGUAAUUAGUUUUAUGACCAUUAUUUUUUGUUAAUAAUAAUUUAACAAAAAAUACAAAAACAUAAUAAGUAUUUUAUAGAUUUAUUAAAAAUAACAUCACAAAAAACUUAUUUGGAAAAUAUUACAAAAUGUGUAUAGAAAUAUAAAAUUACAAAAUAUUUUUCCUAAAUUUAUAUGAUACUACUUUGACAAAUUCUAAUCUAUUUAUUUUACAUUCUCUUAAUUCUAAAAUUUUUUCAUUUAGAAAAUUAUUUUUGCUGUACUUUCCGCAACAAUUUUUUUUUUGGUGUCGAAACAGAAUUCAUUUUAAUGUAGGUAUUUAUUUGAAAUUGUAAAAUUAUGUAUAUCAAUAAAAUUAUUAAUGUAAGGAUGAAGAGUGUUCAGCCCAAAGAUGUGGAGGAAAUGUCGAAUUUUCAGAUAUGUAAUUAUCAACAAGAUAAUCACAAAACUGGGUGACUCUUUCAUCGACUGGUUUAAUUUCUGCCAAAUCUAUAGCAAAAAAAUCGCUAACAUCUUCAGGAUGUAAGAAUGAAGGACCAAAAAUACGAAUAAGAAAAUGCGUAAUUUAGGUUGAGUCAACACCUUUUUUCUGGUAUUCUGGAGCUAAUCCCAGUGCUUGAACCUUUAUAUACCAUGCCUGACCCAAAUGAAAACGACAUCCAUGAAGAUCUGCUUCAGGAAAUGCCAUACGAAUACCAUUAUGAAUGGAAAUUUCAAAGUCUGAAGUUUAGGGGAUACAGGACAAUUAAUUUUAAAACAUUCUUUUAUGAUAUAUUUAAAAGCGAGAUAAUAUGAAGAUGACUUUUUAUCUUGAAGUAAACAAAAGACAAGAGGAAUAUAAUGUCCAUUUUUCAAGCCAUGUAUACUAAAAACAAUUGAGUGAAAAACGAGGACAGUAUUCAAAAGUUCCGUCAACAACAUACCAAUUGGAAACAGUCGAAAGAAAACGAAGAUUUGAAAAACAUGUUAAUAUAACAAUAUGAAUAUCUUUGUCAUUUUUAAUUAUAAAACUUUCAUUUCUAUUUUGGUACGUAGCCAGGAUUUGGUUUUGGGGGGGGGCUAAUUUAAUGGGUUGACCCAUUAUGUAAACUUAAAUGUAGCCUUUUUGUCCUUUCUCUAAAAAUUUCGGGGUGGGGGGGGGGGCUGAAGCCCCUCAAGCACCCCCCUGGCUACGUGCCUGGUGGUUCUAGCAUAACAUAAAUUUUGUCACACCCUAUUGAUAUCAUUGAUAGUAAAAGUCUCUAUAUUUGUCUUAAGUUCUUUACAGAUAAGCUUCAUUGGUUUUUCGCUGAGAUCUUCCACGGCUGCGCUUUUUAUUGAAUUGCUUACGGCUUUUCUAUUGUAAACUUGGGCAGACAACUUCUCGUGGUUAUGAUCUAAUAUUGAUUCAAUUAUCGUAUUUUCACAUCCCUGUGUUUUGACAAAUGAUUUGCAGGUUUUCUUAGUACAUGUCCACCGUUUUACUGUAUCUUUGGCCAACAUUUUUUGAAAACCGAAUGUAAAACCAUCAAUUGAUAGUAAAGGUGACUUUUUGACUGACAUUUAUCGUUGAUUCCAUUAUUUCGGAUGUUAUGACUUAAACAGAAUUUUAUCUUGAAAUCGACGAACUAACAAGCUUGAAAUAGACAAACUGACUGAUGCAGGAACUAAUCAACUUUCAAGUAUUUUUACAACAUUUUGCCCAUUAGCACAAUUUACAAAAGAGAAUAUAAACAAACAAAAAGAUUAAGGUAAAAGUAUCUAUUCAUGGAAUCGUUAAGAAGAGAUUAGAAUCGGAAUUGGAAUUACCCAGAGAAUAUAAACAAACACAAAGAUUAAGGUAAAAGUACCUAUUUAUGGAAUUAUAAAUAUGGGAGAAAUUAGAAUCGGAAUUGGAGUUACUCAGAAAAGCUGGAUGUUAGAUUGUCGGGUAACAACUUAUAUAUAAAUAACACCGGUUUAUAGCGUCCUGCGCCUUCCGGUUAAUAUUUUCCAGCGGCGUCGAUGUGUCCAAUCUCCUGGUCGGAGAUCUCUCUCAGACAUGGCUUUCUGGAUUCCACUUAUCCAGGUUGUUUUCGGUCUGCCCCUUUUCCUUCUUUCCGGGGCUUGCCAUUUCAUUAUUAGCUUUGGGAGUCGAUGUUCCUCUAUUUUUUGUACAUGGCCAUACCAACAAAGUUGUUUUUGUUGGACUUCUUCAAUUAUGUUUGUUUUUCUAUUCAUAAUAUCUCGUACCCGUUCAUUCGUUAUAUGUGAGAGUCUGGAGAUGCAGGCCGAUCUUCGCCAGAAGUCCAUUUCCAGUGCGAGCAACUUCUGUUCUGUUCGUUUAUUCAGUUGCCAGGUUUCACAUCCAUACAGUACCACGCUUUUAAAGAUGCUAUUAUAAAGCUGUGUUUUCUUUUCUUUUGAUAUGGUUACGGGUAACAACCUUCUUUUCUAAAAAGAAAUAUGUAUGUCGUACUGUGAAAUAUUUAUGUGAAACAAAUUGUAUGUACCCUGCAUUAAGAAUUAGAAAAAUUAAAAUAGAUAGAUACUAUCUAUUUAAAUUAUGAUUUGGCAACAUUGUGUCAUUAUACAGGGAUUAAAUAGACAAAAUAUCAGCCUAAAUGAUUAACGAAACGGAGGCAUUUCGAUUGUACCUGGGAGGCAUUUCAUGUAUGAAAAUAUUUACCUGAAAAAGUGGGAGGCAUUUCGAUAACGCCGGAAAUACAUGGUGAUUCCAUAUACAGUUGAGUCCGCGAGUCUUUACCCAUGCGUCAUUAAUACCUGGCGAGAUAAAACACAUACUUUUUAUUUAGCAUCAUUCUCUUCCACGCAUGAAACUCAUGACAAACCAGCUGCCGUUUGUUAUUAAGUAAAAACACAUGUUAUUUUUAUGAACCAUCUAGACUCAGUGCAUUGAAAAGAGAUAGGUACAAAAAAAGACGAUUCGGUAUGUUUUCAUAUUUUAAGCACAACUUGUUUGACGUUUCUGCUUUGUUUACUUUUGUGGCUGUCAGUCAGUUGAAUUUUUUGCGGUUUUUGUCGAAUUUUUGCGUUUUGAAGUUUCUUUAUAUUACACAAACAGUUGUUUUCACAACUAAUUUUAUAUUGGGCUUUGAAAUUUUAAGGUAAAUAAUUAUAUUUCGACAAUUAAUAUUUAAAACAUACAAAACUAACGUCAUUCACACAGUAAAGAAAUGAUUGUGUUUAGAUUUCCGUCAAAGUGAAUAAAAUAACAAAAAUAAAAUGUGUUAUUGAAUUUUUUUAUAAAUUGUUUAUUUAUUUAUUAAUCAAUAAUAAUCAAUUAUUAAUCAAGAAUUUAUUAAGCUACUUCAAAUGUAGCUGUAAUUCUGCACAAAAAUUUUGAAGCAAAACUUACAUUUGACAUUCUAUAUAUUUCAUAACGUCAAAUUUUAUAAUAAAACCCGUAAUCGGAACAGUAGCCACUUUCUGUCAGUUGUUGUUGCGUGAAAUAGAUUUCCGACUUAUUUCGUAUGCUUUAAGUGAUGACGCACGGGUAAAGACUGGCGGACUCAACUGUAAGUUUGGCUGUGUAUAAUACACUAAGCAUCAAAAUUAACGCACCACCAUAAAAAUGGGACAUUUUUAAUGUCUCAUAUUUCCUAAACCUGUUCCGAUUUUAGUGUUUUUUUAGUAUAUUAUAGCUUUAUUCUUUAAGAACAUUGAUGUAAUAAUAUUAUUGCUAAAGAGGUAAGUGUCAUUGUAUACCGGGUGUAACAAUGAUAGUGUGUUUUUUCCUCAAAGUUUGGAACACCGUGUGGCAUAUCCUAGCGUAUUUAAAAUAUUGAAAUUAAAACUCAACUGUAGCCUUAGGCUUUCUAAACAUUUUACUUUUCGAUUCAUUCGCUUAUAUUGGACAAUAAAAAAGUUAGGUACUUUAACAACUAGCAAUGUUAUUUAUCAAUACAGGGUGUUUCUAAAUAAGUGCGACAAACUUUAAGGGGUCAAACUGCAUGAAAAAAUAAUGACUGUUUGCUUUAUAAACAUAUGUCCGCAAAUGCUUUGUUUCCGAGAUACGGAAUGUUGCAUUUGUUUUUUUCUUACAAACUGACGAUUUAUUUAUUCCUCUAAAACUGGUUGAGAUAGGCAAAUGAAAUUUGAUGGGUUUUAAGAGGUAGUUAUUACGCAUUUUUUGACAUACAAUUAAGAAUUUUAUAUUCACCAUUGGCGUGCAUAUGGGUAUAAACAUUUUAGAUACAUCCCGUAUGCACGCCAAUGGUGAAUAUAAAAUUCUUAAUUGUAUGUCAAAAAAUGCGCAAUAACUACCUCUUAAAAACUACCAAAUUUCAUUUGCAUAUCUCAACCGGUUUUAGAGCAAUAAAUAAAUCGUCAGUUUGUAAGAAAAAUUUCAACAUCCCGUAUCUCGGAAACGAAGCAUUUAUGAACAUAUGUUUAUAAAGCAAAAGGUCAUUAUCUUUUCAUUACUCCUUAAAGUUUUUCGCACUUAUUUAGAAACACCCUGUAUUAUUGAUGAAUAACAUGACUAGUUGUUAAAGUACCUAACUUUUUUAUUAUCCCACAUAAGCGAAUGCAUCGAAAAAAAAAAAUGUUAAGAAAGCCUAAGGCUACAGUCGAGUUUUAAUUUCAAUAUUUUAUAUACGCUAGGAUAUUAUACAGAGUGUUCCAAACUUUGAGGAAAAACCACACUAUCAUUGUUACACCCGGUAUACAAUGACACUUACCUGUUUAGCAAUAAUAUUAUUACAUGGAUAUUCUUGAAGAAUAAAGAUAUAAUAUACUUAAAAAAUCACUAAAAUCGGACAACAGGUUGAGGAAAUAUGAGAUAUAAAAAUUGUCCCAUUUUUAAGGUGGUGCGUUAAUUUUGAUUCUUAGUGUAUCAACGGUUGUGUAUAAGUUUUAUCAACGAGAGCGGAAAAGCUAAAGGUCUAAAAUUGGUAUUAAUCGAAUGAACACCUUGCGAAAAGUGGAUAAAGAGAGAACCGGAAGCAUAGUUAUACUUAACUCAAUACAUUUCAGUACUAGAAAUUGGUAAAGACCACCAAACAACUUGAAUUAAAAUAAGAUCAAUAAUAUUAUAUAUUCUUUUGGUCAUUCAUGCGCUUAAUGAAAAUGUUUUUAGUAAGUUUUUUCUAGUUCACAGAUUAUCUGCAUCUUUUUAAUGAUUUAUUCAUUCAGUUGGUUCAUUUGUACGGAAACUUGUCUUUUUCUGUCCACCACCACUUGUUUUUCCGCUGUCAUUAGUAAUUGCCACCAAGUAUAUUCUCUUUUGGCAUAAAUUUCCAAUAUUUUUCCUAGUUCAGCACGCUAAUGUAUAUUUUUUUGUUAUUAGGAAGAUAUGUAUAAAAUGUCACUAAUGACUGAAAGCAUGUUCAUGUUAUAAUAUACCUGUUUUAUAAACCUUGAGUAAAUAAAGAAAUAAACAGAAUACAUAUUUUUGAAGUAUCAAGUACUUUAAAACAAGAAAUAGUUGCAAAAAACACACAAUGUUCUCUAAAAUUACCCAAAUCACUACUAUUAGAUACAUUGUUUUUUAUUUUUGUUGUUUAAUGUAUUUUUUUAAAAUAUUUUAGUCCGUUUAAAUUGUAAACUACAGUGGAAAAGUAUGAGACUUCUGUUUCUUUUAAUUUUUGAAAAAUAAACUACUUAAAAUAUGACGACCGUUAAAAA